AUGAUUGCUAGUGUUGCAAGUAAAUUAAGAAAAGAAUGGUUCUUACUUGGAAUUGUAUUAUCCAUCUUAUUGGCUAAAUUGCAACCCACUAUUGGCAAGACUGGAGGUCUGCUCAAACCUGAAAUUACUAUUAAAUACUUUGCUGUUUCCAUCAUCUUCUUUAACAGCGGUAUAUCUUUACGCAGUGAAGAAUUACUCAAAUCCUUUACCAACUAUCGUCUGCACGCGCUUAUUCAAGGAUUUACCUUUAUUGUCGUGCCAAUAUUUGUUAAUAUUUUAGUGGCAAUGCUGAAGCACUUAGCGAUUGAUGAAUGGUUAUUGAAAGGAUUGAUCGUUGUAAGCUGUAUGCCUCCUCCUGUCUCUUCUGCUGUAAUACUCACUAAAGCAUCUGGUGGUAACGAGGCUGGUGCCAUCUUUAAUUCAGCAUUUGGUAGCUUUCUGGGUGUCAUUGUAACACCGUUAUUGCUACUUGCAACUCUUGGAUCUGCCGCUACUGUUCCAUUUCUGUCGGUAUUUACUAAAUUAGGAUUAACUGUAGUUUUACCAUUGGUAUUAGGCCAGAUUGUUAGAAUGUAUGUUAAAAACUGGUUAGAGACUACUAAACCGCCCAUUGGGACAAUUGGAAGUUGUAUCCUCCUAAUCAUAAUUUAUACCACAUUCUGUGACACCUUCAGUGGUAACUAUGACAUCUUCAUUCCACUAUCCAUUGUAAUCCCACAAUUUACAAAUAUAAAUAACACAAACAUGCAAACGAUUACCGUUGUUGCAGGUGAUGCCGCAAGUAGUAUUCCAAUGGGCAAUGUCGUGGCGGCCGUCUUUUGUGGCACUCAUAAGUCUCUGACUCUAGGUAGUAUGCCAGUACUUAAAAUUGUCUUCGGUGGCUACAGCCAAUUAUCAUUGUUAUCUAUUCCUCUUUUGAUCUACCAUCCUUUGCAAAUCUUAUUUGGUGGUUUAUUAGUUCCAACCGUUCAAAAAUGGUUAUCGCAACAUCAGGAUGCGGAAAAUUUAGAGUCGGUUUAA